GCUUUGUAGUUCAGGCCAGGACAGACUGAAGGACAAACAGACGAAGGUGCGAAGAGAAGAGAGACUCGCUGGAUUGAUUUCAUUUUAAAGAUAUAUAGAAGACCAACGACAGAGGGUAGGUGAAGCAUGGCCUCAUCAUCCGCACGUGUGCUGGCCAGCAGAGCCUUCGCCGCUGCCUCGUCCCAUGGAGAACAAGCAACAAAACUCUGGAAGAUCCUGUCAUUCACUGUGGCUCUGCCCGGUGUGGCUGUGUGCAUGGUCAACGCCUACUUAAAAGCGGUGGAGCACGCAAAGCACGAUAGGGCCGAGUUUAUACCCUAUCCUCACCUGCGCAUCCGCACCAAGAAAUUCCCCUGGGGUGAUGGCAACCACUCGCUCAUCCACAACGGUCACGUCAACGCUCUCCCAGACGGCUAUGAGGGUGGUCACGACCACUAGUCACAGCGGCGCCCUCUGCUGUCGACCUCCGACCUCAUGUUCACUCCUACCUUACGAGCUACACUUCCAUAGCUCCCUAUGACAUGGGCUCAGGGGCCGAACACAGACAUCACAACAACUGCAACAACUACAACAACAACAAAACAUGACACAAUAAAUAAAUCCUUCCAUUUUUUUUUCCAAAGUA